AUGCCUCAUGGACCACAUCGAUCGAGACUUGCGCGUUCGAGGGAUGCUGGCCAUAUUCUUCUGAUGUUCCAACCCCUGACACGCCAAUCCCGUAGUCUAUGUCGCGAUUAAGGGCUCGCGAUUAGGGACUCGAGGAUCGCGGUAGACCGUAGACGACCAUGCGGUGUCGUAGCCCACGUAGUUAGACGGUUUCGUACCCUUUAUUUUUCAACUAUUUCCGUUCUUCGGAUCGCCGCCGCUGCUGAAUGCUGAAUCCUUUCUUUUAGUUUAAGCCUUUCGCUCCACCUGCAAAAAAAUCGGGGAGAUAAAAAUUAAAAGAAACUCGAGGUGAAGGAAAUUACGUCUGCCUAAAAUUUCGUUACGAAGUAACGAGUUAAACAAUGGCUCAUUUUCGCGGAUUCUACAUACCAACUUUGGGAGCAACAUUUAACGUUGCCUGGGAAACAUUGAAAGCUAAAUGGCCAGAGAACAGCCCCUGUAUGGAGCUUAUCCGUGGCAGUGGUCCAGAUCAAAAACAAGCACCGGGACAAAGUGGACAUGCACAGUUCAAAUCGUUCGACGAAGGCCAUGAUAAUACGGAAAUGAUGACUAUGAAUGGAGAUCAAGCGUAUCGGGACCAGAAUAACGUAGCCAUCGCUGAGGAUUCCUUCAGCUAUCAAAGAAACGGGGACAAAGUUAGAACGGGAAGUGUAAGUAGCGGUGAAUUUAGCGAAUAUGAUGAAGGUGGCGGCGAAUUUGGUUCAGGAGUAAAAAUCAAUGAAUGGCAGGCUGCGUGGAAUGUUACAAAUGCUAUACAGGGUAUGUUUAUCGUGUCAUUGCCAUUCGCUGUAUUACGAGGCGGUUAUUGGGCUAUCGCCGCAAUGAUCGGUAUUGCGCAUAUCUGUUGUUACACUGGCAAGAUACUCGUCGAAUGUUUGUACGAACUUGACACGACAACUGGACAACGCGUACGCGUACGAGACUCGUAUGUGGCAAUCGCCAAAGAAUGUUUCGGACCUACUUGGGGUGCCAGAGCGGUGAAUAUCGCGCAGAUCAUCGAACUGCUAAUGACUUGCAUCCUAUACGUGGUCGUCUGCGGUGAUCUCAUGAUAGGAACUUUCCCGGAAGGCGCAAUCGAUACUAGAAGUUGGAUGAUGCUAACUGGAAUAUUUUUACUGCCCCUCGGUUUCCUCAAGUCUCUGCAACACGUCUCGGUGCUCAGCUUUUGGUGCACGAUGUCUCAUUUGUUCAUAAACGCCAUCAUCGUCGGUUAUUGCCUCUUAGAGAUCGGUGAUUGGGGUUGGUCCAAAGUGAAAUGGACGAUCGAUCUGGAGAAUUUCCCGAUCUCUCUUGGCGUGAUCGUGUUCAGUUAUACCUCGCAAAUAUUUCUACCCACGCUGGAGGGCAAUCUGAUCGAUCGUUCGAAGUUCGAUUGGAUGUUGAAUUGGAGUCACAUCGCGGCCGCCGCGUUUAAAUCGCUCUUCGGUUGGAUCUGUUUUCUAACUUUCCAAAACGAUACGCAGCAAGUGAUCACGAAUAAUUUACACUCGGCCGGUUUCAAAGGUCUGGUGAAUUUCUGCUUGGUCAUCAAGGCCAUGCUAUCGUAUCCAUUACCUUAUUACGCGGCCUGCGAGCUCCUCGAGCGGGCAUUCUUCAGAGGUAAACCGAAAACCUAUUUUCCAACGAUAUGGACCGUGGACCGUGAAUUGAAAGUUUGGGGUCUGGCGUGGAGAAUUGGCGUGAUCGUUUUCACCAUUCUUAUGGCAAUAUUUAUACCGCAUUUCAGUAUCCUUAUGGGUUUCAUAGGCUCUUUCACCGGUACCAUGUUGUCGUUUAUAUGGCCCUGUUACUUUCAUUUGAAACUGAAGAGAAAUUCCAUGGAAUGGAGCGCGGUCGCCUACGAUUGCUUCGUGAUUUUUCUCGGAGUUCUUUUCGGCGUGAUCGGUGUAUACGAUUCAGGCUCCGCCUUGAUCAAUGCCUUUGAAAUAGGUUUACCGUUUUGAACGAGCGCUCGUGAACGUUAUUCAUCAUUAUUCCAUCUUCACUCGCCUCUUUUACGGAAACAGAAGAAUGAUAUUACACGUGUAGAUACAUUAAUGCUUAAGGAAACCAUCGAAUUAUAGCUUGCGUCAAUUGAUUCUUAGCGUUACGUUGAAACGGUGAUUUCAUUAAUAUUCAAUCAUUAUCUUAUUACAUGUAUCACGCAUGUAAUUGAAUAAUACACACACGUACGAAAUCUUCGUACGUAUCACUUAUAGGGGUUGCAGUGUACAAUCCGCUAAUAAAAAUUCCCUUGAAAAUAUAAUUCAAUCAACGCGACGACGUCUAUAUUUUUGCUGGUUUCGAAUGUUUUUAACGUUAAUCGUAUAUAAGGAAGAAAAAAAAAAAAUAUAUAAUAUAAUUGCGUAUCAACGCUUAGGGAAAUUCUAUAUAAAAAAAAAAAAAAAAAAAAAAAAAAAAGGAAAAAGAAAAAUAUAUCUCAUUUCGCUCGAUCAAGUAGAUAUAAAAAUUCGUUCGAUCGAAAGCUAUACAAAAGAGAUGUUUUGAGAUUGUAUAUUUAUAUUCAACCAGAACUUACACAUAUCUAGCAAAUGAUCUAUUUAAGAUGAGAAAAUUUAGUAGAAGAAAAAUGAAAAAAAAGAAAAAAAAAAAAAAAGAUCUAUUCGCGUAUACAGUUCGGCUUGGACGUGUGUUCUUCUACAUCCUUCUCUCUGGUUUCUACAUCUUCCUUUCUUCAUUAAGAAAAAUCGUCGAGAUUCAGGGGCUUUCUAGGCAACAUAUAGACUACUAUUCAGUACGCAGUAAACAUGACAAUACAUAUUAUUGCUGGUUGUAAGUGAUCGAUGUCUUCCAUAAUACGUUUACAAAAGCGUAUAUAUUGUACGUACAAGUUAACUACUGUUAUGCAGAUUUCGGGAUUUUAUAAUCAUGAUUGCGGGUCUUGUAAUUUCUAUCUACACGUUGAUUAAUCACGCUGCGAUCGAGGAGGCGUUUUCAUUGUUAAAUAUACAAUUUAGUGGUACAGUUUAGUCGAUUUCAUUGAGCGAAAAAGAAGAGAAGAUGACAACGUUUCGUAUUAUGGUUAAAACUUGAGGAUUUUAGCUGCCAACGCGUUUAACAAGUUAUAGCACAUAAUAUACUCUCUACUAACGUCUCCUCGUCAUCCAAGCGAAUGCAAAUACAUAUGUAAUCAAGUUAUGUACGAACGAGUACAAUUAGUUGUAUAAUCCAACGUCUUCCAAAGGCCUUUAUAGGUCUGCAUAGUUCACGUUAGUUUGAGCAAUAUGAAUGUAGAUGAACUAGUAAUUCGGAGGAAGCUGCGAGAUGCUCUCAAGUUGAAUUGAUUUAAAUAUUAUACAUGUAUUAAGAAUUUUAAGUUUUUGCGUAGAUAUGAAUAUAUACAAUUGUUGCUGUUUCAAUUGUUUCUUUAAAUCUUAAACAUAUCCAUGUCCAUUAGAAAUUUUUUUUUCGCUUAGCAUUACAUAUUAUGUAUGUGAAGAGAAAAACAAGAGAAAAAGUCAAAUGAUUCUGAUGAAUACAAUUUACAAGAAGUAUCGAGCAGCAACAAUUGUUAUAUUAAUUUUUACGAUUUAAAAAGAUAUCACGUUUUUCGAUUUAAGCUUUAGCGAUAUAUGUGAGUAAAAGUUGAAAGUAUGGUAUUAAUAUCAAGAAUUGAAUAUCGGUCUAAUAUUAUUUAAAUGUUUUAUAAGCAAAGUAUAGGUAAAACGAAAUGAAAAAUUAGAAGGAAC